UUCCAGCAUUAUUGCAGAGACUUGUCAGGUUUUUGGAGUGAAAAUGGCAUCUUCCCACAACCAGCAUCAAUGCAAGCAAGCUCCUACUUUGCCACCUGAAAUCUGCAAGACAGGGCCAUGCCCAUCAGAGCAACAAUGCAAGCAACCCCCGGUUGUGGAAGUGCCAAAACCUAAGCCAUGUCCUCCACAGGAGCCUCCCUGCAAGGAGCCACCAGUGGUGGUCAUCCCAACUCCGUGUCCAGAGCCUAAGCCAUGUCCUCCACAGGAGCCUCCCUGCAAGGAGCCACCAGUCGUGGUCAUCCCAACUCCGUGUCCAGAGCCUAAACCGUGUCCUCCAAAGGAGCCUCCAUGCAAGGAACCUCCAGCUCCAACCCCAUGUCCUCCAGAGGAGGAACAGUGUUGUCAACAGAAAUCUCAAUACAAGAAGCCACCAGUCAUCCCGACUCCAUGCCCAGAGCCCAAAAAACCACAAGAGCCUCAAUGCGAGGAGCCACCAAUUGUGGUCAUCCCAACUCCGUGCCCAGAACCCAAACCGUGUUCUCCAAAAGAACCUCCAUGCAAGGAACCACCAGCACCAACUCCAUGUCGUCCUAAAGAACCAGAACCAUGUCCUCCAAAGGAGCCAACUCCAGAUUGUCAACAGAAGACUCAAUGCAAGCAGCCUCCAGUGGUGGUCAUCCCAUCUCCAGAACCUGAACCGUGUCCUCCACAAGAACCUCCGUGCAAGGAGCCACCAGUCGUGGUCAUCCCAACUCCGUGCCCAGAACCCAAACCGUGUCCUCCACAAGAACGUCCAUGCAAGGAGCCACCAGUCGUGGUCAUCCCGACUCCGUGCCCAGAACCCAAACCGUGUCCUCCUCAGGAGCCUCCAUGCAAACAACCACCUCCCUGUGACCAGCAGCAGCAGAAGAAGCAGCCAUGUUCAUGGCCACCCCAGAAUAAAUGAGCGAGUCAGUGAAGAAUCCAUCUUUCCAAGUCUACAUCUUCUCACGUCAAACAUACCUCAUCUUUGUAUUCCUUUGAAAUGCUUUAAGAAAUUCUUCUAACAUUGUAGAAGUCUCACCCACAGGGGAAUUAUAGCAAAUGAUAAUCGAUUGUCCAUAAAUGUGACCAUGUUUCAAUUUCCAACCAGAGUGGAUUUUUCAACAGAGGUGCAAUAUAACCUCAAAUUUCUUUUUCGGCAUUUCCUGUUUAUGUUAAUCAUACCAUUUAUUCUGCCUUAGCAGUCAUAUUCUUGAUAAUCUCGCUCAUCUGUAAAGUUUGUAAUUACUUCUUAUUCUUUGUGCCAUUUAUAUAUAUCCCCAAAGGAGGUGUGAUAGGAGAUUCGGUAGAUUUUCCACACCAGCAAGUCUCAAGGAACACCGCAGGGUUGGGUGUCAGUGAAACGCAAAGCUAGCUUAGACCUCCAAAGGUGGACUUUGAGACAUGAGCGAGAAGGUCCACCAUGUUAUUUAAGCUCCUCCCCUUCACUAUCAGGAGAGACCUAUUUUGUGACCACCCUAUUCAGCUAUUUGUCCCACCGUGUAGAUAAGACAAAUUCCUAAGUCAACUAAAAUGCCAGAUCUGUUCUCGGUAGAGAAGAAAUUGUGGGUUGGUGGUUCUCCAGAGGUUGAUAGACUAUAAAUGGACCCGUGGUCAAUGGUCCUGUUGGCUAGGAUGGGUAGGGAUUAGACUAUAAACCAUAUCCCAAGGGCCAUACAUUCUUCAUCUUGGUUUGGAAAGACCAAUGCCCCCUUAGAUCCUGCAAGAUCUCUUUUGAAAGGACCCCAAGUAUCUUCUGGAAUGGCAAGACCCAUCAGAAGACACUGGGAAGCUCUUCAAUCUUCAGGGAGAUGAUCAGGAGAAGCUCAACUUAUCAGCUGCUAAUGGAAUAUUGAGGAAAGAAUGAAACUUUUCAGGGUUUCUCCAUCAGAGUUAACACCCCCAAAAUAAUUAAUCUUCAGAAAAUCAUGGUUUUCAAGUACAGUAAUGCAAGUUUAUUUUUAUUUUUUUUAAAAAAAAUUGGCUUGCAGGAAGCUGCUUUUGCCGGAUGACACCCGUGUCAUGAUAGGGUUACAAGUGUGUCUCCUUUUCAUGGGGUCAACAUGUUAUCCUACAGAUGCUUGAGUCUGCACACUUCAGAAUUUAUCUUUAACCAACUUGUAAAUAAAUUGAAUGAAUAAAGGAAAAACAAU